AUGAUGAAGGAUCUGAUUAACAAAUAUUUUCGAGAGCAACUUCGUGAGACUUUCUCGGUUCUGCUUGUGCAUGAGGCUAAGCUCACAGUGAGUCUAGAAUUGAACCAGGAGGAUGCCAAAACUCUUCACGAAACAUAUUACAAAUCGUACGGCCUUGCUAUUGAAGGUCUUGUUCUCCACCACAAGAUAGACCCCCUCGAAUACAAUGGUAAAGUCGACGACGCACUCCCCCUAGACCAAGUUCUUCACUCGGAUCCGCAGUUGAGAAAGUUGAUCUCGGAUAUCGACAGGACAAAGGUGAGGCUUUGGCUAUUCACCAAUGCAUAUAUUACACAUGGAAAACGGGUGGUUAAGCUCUUGGGUAUUGAAGAUCUUUUUGAUGGGAUAACAUAUUGUGACUACGCUCAAGAGAUUUUGAUAUGCAAGCCCAAGAUUGAGAUGUUUGAGAAAGGUUUAUUAUACUCCAGAGAAUCUUGUGAUCCAGAGAUUUUGCUAACAGACUAUGAUUCGACUAUCAACUGUCAGGCCGCUGUCAGAUUUGGGUGGGAAAACACCGUCCAGAAGCUAGAGCCUAGUGAUCCGGAACCAUCGGUAUCAGUUGCAAAACACAAUAUUCGGAGUCUAGAGGAGCUUAGAGCUUUAUAUCCCGAGUUUUUCAAACCGCCAAAUUAG